UAGUUUCGUUUCUGCGCUCGAGACUCUCUUUUUCUACAAGCUCUUGAUCCAUACUUACACCAUGGCUGCACGAACGUUAAGAAUAGGCCUGAUUCCGGGUGACGGUAUCGGUCGCGAAGUUAUUCCGGCCGGUAGACGUAUCCUCGAAUCACUCCCUUCCUCUCUGGGCCUCAACUUCUCCUUUGUCGACCUCGAUGCUGGUUUCGAUUGCUUCAAGCGCACGGGUAGCGCACUCCCAGACAAGACGGUGGAAACACUACAGAAAGAAUGUGACGGAGCCCUCUUUGGGGCCGUGAGCUCCCCCACGACCAAAGUAGAAGGCUACACGUCUCCCAUCGUGGCUCUACGGAAGAAACUUUCGUUGUACGCCAACGUGCGGCCUUGCAAGACGACGGCGUCGCCCGCGUUCUCCUCGCCGACUCCCCACCCGAUCGACCUCGUCAUCGUGCGCGAAAACACCGAGGACCUGUACGUCAAGGAGGAAAAGACCUACCCCGACCCGUCCGGCGAGGGUCAGAUCGCCGAGGCCAUCAAGAGAAUCUCGACGAAAGCGUCGUGGCGCAUCGCCAACAUCGCAGGAGACAUCGCCGUGAGGAGGCAAAAGAUGCGCGCGAACGGACAAGAAAAGCCGGGCAUGGUGACCAUCACCCACAAGUCCAACGUCCUCUCCCAGACCGACGGAUUGUUCAGGGCGACGGCCCGCGAGGCCCUGAGUCAGUCCAAGUUCAAGGGACUGCAGAUCGAGGAACAGAUCGUCGACAGCAUGGUGUACAAGCUGUUCCUGCAGCCGCAGUACUACGACGUCAUCGUCGCCCCCAACCUGUACGGCGACCUGUUGAGCGACGGCGCCGCCGCUCUCGUCGGCAGUCUGGGCCUCGUGCCCAGCGCCAACGUCGGCGAGGGCAUCGUCAUCGGUGAACCCUGCCACGGCAGCGCGCCCGACAUCGAGGGCAAGAACAUCGCCAACCCCAUCGCCACCAUCCGCAGCGUCGGCGUCAUGCUCGAGUUCCUGGACCUGCCCGAGGCCGCCAACGUCAUCUACAACGCCGUCGACAGGAACCUCGCCGAGGGCCGCUUCGUGAGUCCCGACCUGGGUGGGAAGGCGACGACGGACGAGGUGCUCGGCGAUAUCCUGAAAAAGUUGUAAACCAUUUAGAACUUCUUGACCAGGUAUGAGUAUGCUGGCAAGACAAAAAUUUCCAAUGAGAAGAACUCAAAAGUAAAAAAAGAAAUGAAAAAGGCUCGGCCUCGUACUUGUACAGAUAUUCAAUCCACGCAGGCGAUUACUCCCUACAAGACUUGUG